AUUAAUGUUUGGAAAAUUCUUCAGUAAGCCCUAUAUAAGUAAAGAUCAUAAAAACCCUAAACGGGAAAAGCUCACAGUAUCAAAAGAAAUGAGGAGAAAAAAAAAGAACCCUAAAUUGAAAACCUCCAAAAAUGAGAAAACAAAGAGGACGGAAGAGAUAAAGAAAUCACCAGAGUCUCCUCCUCAGACUCCGACGACGUUUUCUUCGUUGCCGUAUGACCUCGCUCUCAAUUGUUUGGCUCGUGUCUCGAGAUUCUAUCAAUGGUCUCCAAGAUUCCGAUCUCUCAUGGCUUCCCCUGAUCUCGAGGCAACAAGAACUUGCAUGGGAAUAACAGAGAAUUACCUAGUUGUCUGCUUAGACCGUGGUAAGCAUAAAGAUAGUUGUCGCUGGUUCACACUUGCACCAAUUCACAAACAAGAGAAGUUACUUCCCAUCCCUUCGUUUCCUUAUCUAAAUCCAAAAUACUCAACUGUUGUCUCAAUGGGUUCAGAGAUUUACAUUAUCGGAGGUGAUGGUCAAAAGUAUGGCAAACGAGUGUUAGUUCUCGAUUGUAGAUCUCCUUAUCAACGGCGUAGACUGUUGGGAUACAAUCCAAGUCCCACAUCGGAAGUUUGAUGGGACAAUUAAU